AUGCUUGAUUCAGAAGGAAAUAACAACAGAAAAAUUAAAUCAGACGAGGUGGGGCUUGCCAUUGUAAGUUCUUUAGUUGAUGGAACCGAAAUCAAUAGUGAUCACCAGUUAAUCACUCGAAACCUUCCAGAUUCAUCAACUUAUUUUGUCCACAAAACCUUGAAUCCUUUGGUGACCAAUCCCAAUCCAUUUUACAAAAAUUUCGGAGUUAUACCAAAUCCUGUGACCACACUAACAAGAAUUGGGCCAUGUUUGCUCACUUCCAAUGGUCCCGUAUCAGUUUUUAGCUCAAAACAAAGUCAGAUCAGUUCAAAUGUUGGAGUUGGUUUAAAGAAUGAUAAUCAAGAUGCUAAGUUAAUUGUUUGCAGCGUUCAUGGAAAUUCAAGGUUUCUAAGGUUGGAAGAUACCCAAAAACCCGAUGAAUAUUCUUGUGCGACGCGAAAUGGUCUCGUCUUUGAAGUUGUUAAUAUGUUCAUUAAUGACUGUAUUUUGGAGUUGCCUCCUAGUAGUCAACUAGAAAAUUUCAGCUUAAAUGGAGUAUUGGCUAGCUUGCCUGGUUCUUCAAGUUCUUCGACACAAUAUUUGGAGAGCGAUGAAUUUCUUAAAUAUUGUUAUGACUGCAACAAGGCACUAGAUGGAAACGACAUUUAUAUGUACAGCGACAAGCCAUUCUGCAGCAAUGAAUGUCGAGAGAAGGAUUACAUGAAGGAUUCAAAUUUGAAGAAAGCUGCAAAGAGUGUUUAG